AUGGCUGCGACAUUGAAUUAUGUCACCUUCAACCAAGACCACAGCUGUCUUGCUGUGGCUACCUCGAAAGGCUUCCGUAUCUUCCACACCGAGCCUUUUGCCAAGGUAUUCAAUAGUGAAGAUGGCCAUGUCUCCAUCAUCGAGAUGCUCUUUUCCACGUCCCUGGUGGCCCUGGUCUUGUCACCGCGACAUCUGGUCAUCCAGAACACAAAGCGCGGCUCCGUCAUUUGCGAGCUAACCUUCCCUUCCGCCGUUCUCGCCGUGCGACUCAACAGAAAGCGUCUAGCCGUUGUUCUUGAGGAGGAGAUCUACUUGUACGACAUCUCGAACAUGGCUUUGGUGUCGACAAUUGCGACUUCCCCUAAUCCGAAUGCCAUCUUUGCCCUGUCGCCAUCAUCGGAGCGCUGCUACAUUGCUUACCCCCUACCCAAGGCUCGGGAAGACAACGGCGAGAGGCGACCGGCUCAUGCUCCUCCACUGUCGACCUACGUCCCUCCUACCUCGGGUGAAGUCCUCAUUUUCGAUGCUUUAACCUUAAAGGCAGUAACCGUCAUCGAAGCCCACAAGUCUCCCCUUUGCUGUGUCGCCCUCAACAGCGAUGGCAACCUCUUAGCAACCGCCUCUGAAACCGGCACCAUCAUCCGUGUCUUCGCUGUCCCUAGCGGCCAGAAGCUCUACCAAUUCCGCCGUGGCACCUAUCCCUCGACCAUUUACAGCAUGUCCUUCAACCUAAGCUCUACCUUGCUAUGCGUCUCAUCCGCCUCGGAAACCGUCCACAUCUUCCGCCUAGUCACCCCCCAGACAGCCAGCUCGGCCGCUAGCAGAGACGCCGACAUACCCAGUUCGCCCCGUGCCAACCGCUGGUCCCGCUCUCUCAGCGUCGACAGUACCGACUACCCCGGCAGCAGCGUAGGCGAAGUUGGCGAGCCGUCCCCAAACAACAACGGAACCAGCAGCAAGCGGUCAAGCGGCAGCUUCGGCAGCCUUCUUCGCCGAUCAUCUCAACUCGUCGGGCGUAGCGUCGCCGGUGCCGUUGGCUCCUACCUGCCGCAGUCCGUCACAGAGAUGUUCGACCCACAACGCGAUUUCGCCAGCUUCAAGAUCCCGCGGCCCCAUCAGAACGGAGGUCGUAGCGGCGCCCUGAUGGGCGGAUCCUCGGCGCCCCUGCGCAGCGUCGUCGCUAUGAGCAGUAGCUCGCCCCAGGUCAUGGUUGUGACUAGCGACGGUCACUUCUAUGUGUAUAACAUUGAUAUGCAGCGGGGCGGCGAGUGUCCGCUGGUCAAGUUCGUCUCCGUCCUGGAUCCGGAGGAAAAGUUGGAUGCUUCGGCUUAUGGCGUGUGA